AUGGCCCCUUGGGACCUGGGUACCAGGUGCUUUAAAAGCCGGCACCAAGUACCACACCCAGCACCAUCUGGCGUGUACUGGUGGUACUUGACACGGGUACCAGUGGUCACAACUCACCAAGGAGGGGUCCUCCCCAGCAACCUGGCCGACACCAGUCAGUCUUGGUCAAGCCACCGAGGAGGUGGUUUGAAGGCGGGUACCCUUAAAGGUACCUGGGUACCGCCUGGUUAUUUGCCCAAAAGCAGGCACCAAGUACCACACCCGGCACCACUUGGCAGGUGCUGGGUACCGCCAAACAGGUACCCCAAGGCCAUCUCUAUGGACCCAGAGACACCCACUAGUGGGAUUUCAUUCAAUGCCCAAAAACAAAUAACAUUUCCACAGCAUAGCUAAUAGUACCAACAGAAUAAAAAAAUAAAUAAAACAUGAGCUUGGGAAGUUGAGCCCGUCUCAGUACUAAUUCAGUAAG